UUCACCUUCCUGAAACAUCCAUCGCUUUCUUCUCCAAAUCCUCUGUUUGCUUCAUAUGAUUUGCCAAAAUAGUGUGAAGGAUAGAGAUUAAAGAAGAAGACGACGACGACGACGAUGAUGGGAGUGAGUAUACAACUUUUGAUGGAUUUAAUUGUUGCUGGGAUCUCGCUGAUGAUUGGUUUUGGAAUUUUCGCUUUCAUCGCUUCCAUUCUCUGCUCUGCGGCCUUCUUUCACAACGUCAAAGCCUACUCUUCGUGAAUUUUUUCAAUUACGAGCUUAACCAAAUGAGACAGAGAAUUGGUGACGCGAAAACACUCUUAAACGAUGGAAAAAACAACGGACAAUACAGGAGAUCGUCGAUGUUCUAUGGACCUCAAACAAGGAUGUCGUCAUUGACAACAAUUAUGAUGAUGUAAACAAAAUAACACGUCGAUCGUGGAAAACAGUAAAGAACGAAAGUUGCUUUUGCUGGGAGACUUCUUAUGCGUAUAGAAUCCGAUGAUUUGGGGGUUGUCUCUUGUGAUCUUCUUGCCUUUUAUAGCUGGUGUGUAGGACUAACCUAAAGGUCGACUUUCAUUGCCAU